AUGUGCCUAUUCUUCUGUACCCCUUUUUCUCUGUCUCUCUUCUUCUUCUUUUCUGUUGUUCUGUCUCUCUUCUUUUCUCUCUCACUUCUUAUCUGUCUCUUUCUUUCUAUGUCUCUCUUCUUUCCUGUUCUCUUCUUCUCUGUCUAUUUUCUUUUCUGUCUCUUAUCUUCAUCUGUCUCUCUACUUCACUGUCUUCUCUCUCUCUCUCUCUUCUUCUUCUCACUCUUCUUCUCUUUUUCUCGUCUUUUCUCUCUCCCUUUCUUUGUCUGUCUCCUUCUCUGUCUCUUUUCUUUUAUGUCUCUCUUCUUCUUGUCUUCUUAUCUCUCUUCCUCCUUGGCUCUCAUUUUCUUUGUAACUCUUAUUCUACGUCACUCUUCUUCAUUUUCUCUCUUCUUUUCUCUCUAUCAUCUUCACUGUCUCUCUUCUUCUUUCUCUCUCUGUCUCUCAUCUUCUCUCUCUUCUUCUAUCUUCUUUUCUGUAUCUCUCUGUCUUUGUCGCUUUUCUUCUCUGUCGCCCUUCUUCUCUGUCUCUCUUCUUCUAUGUCUCUCUUCUUCUCUGUCUCUCAGCUUCUGUGUUUCUCUUCUUCGUUCUCUCUCUUCUCCUCUCGCUAUCUUCUUAUUUGUCUCACUUCUUCAUCUUCUGUCUCUCUUCUUCUCUGUCUCUCUUGUUCUCUCUCUGUCUCAUCUCUCUCCUUCUCGCUUUUUUUCUGUCUCUUUCUUCGCCCCUCUUCUUCUAUGUCUCUCUUGUUCUUUCUCUCUCUCCUUUUCUCGCUCUCUUUUUAACUGUCUCACUUCUUCAUCUUCUGUCUCUCUUCUUUGUCUUCUCUCUCUCUUGUUCUUUCUAUGUCUCUCGUCUUUUCUCUCGCUUUAUUCUGUCUCUCUCUCUCUCUUUUGCCCUCUCUUCUUCUAUGUCACUCUUCUUCUUUCUUUCUCUUCUUCUUUUGCUCACUUCUUCAUCUUCUGUCUCUCUUCUUCUUCUCUGUCUUCUCACUCUCUCUUGUUCUUUCUAUGUCUCUCGUCUUCUCUUUCGCUUUUUUCUGUCUCUCUCUCUUUCUGUGCCUCUCUUCUUCUAUGUCUUUAUUCUUCUUUCUCUCUCUUCUUCUCUCGCUCUCAAUCUGUCUCACUUCUUCAUCUGUCUUUCUUCUUCUCUGUCUUCUCUCUCUCUGGUUCUUUCUAUGUCUUCUUCUUCUUCUUCUUCUUCUUCUUCUUCUUCUUCCAAGCUUGCUCGUAUACAUUUUUCACGUCUCUCCAUUCUAAUUCAAUUUCGACCCUCCAGUUAUUUGAGUUGGUUCGUUUCUUUGUCAUCUUCGCCCACUUUCACUUUCUCACUCUCUCUCACUUAAUCUAUCUAUCUAUCUAUCUAUCUAUCUAUCUUAACCUUUUUAUCUAUCUAUCUAUCUAUCUAUCUAUCUAUCUAUCUAUCUUAACCUUUUUAUCUAUCUAUCUAUCUAUCUAUCUAUCUAUCUUAACCUUUUUAUCUAUCUAUCUAUCUAUCUAUCUAUCUAUCUAUCUUAACCUUGUCAAAUUUUUUGCUUCUUUCUUUCUUUCUUUCUUUCUUUUUUUUCUUUCUUUUCUUAGUUUAUCUAUCUAUCUAUCUAUCUAUCUAUCUAUCUAUCUUAACCUUGUCAAAUUUUUUUGCUUCUUUCUUUUCUUUUCUUUUAUUAUUUAUUCAUCUAUCUAUCAUCUAUCUAUCUAUCUAUCUAUCUAUCUUAACCUUUUUAUCUAUCUAUCUAUCUAUCUAUCUAUCUAUCUUAACCAAAUUUUUUUGUUCAUAUUUUAUUAUCUAUCUAUCUAUCUUCUAUCUAUCUUCCUUUCUUAUUUAUCUAUCUAUCUAUCUAUCUAUCUUAACAUUGUCAUAUUUUUUGCUUCUUUCUUUCUUUCUUUCUUUCUUUCUUUCUUAGUUUAUCUAUCUAUCUAUCUAUCUAUCUAUCUUAACCUUGUCAUAUUUUUUUCUUCUUUCUUUCUUUCUUUCUUAGUUUAUCUAUCUAUCUAUCUAUCUAUCUAUCUUAACCUUUUUAUCUAUCUAUCUAUCUAUCUAUCUAUCUUAACAUUGUCAUAUUUUUUGCUUCUUUCUUUCUUUCUUUCUUUCUUUCUUAGUUUAUCUAUCUAUCUAUCUAUCUAUCUAUCUAUCUAUCUAUCUAUCUAUCUUAACCUUGUCAUAUUUUUUUUUCUUUCUUUCUUUUUUCUUAAUCUAUUCAUCAUCUAUCUAUCUAUCUAUCUAUCUAUCUAUCUAUCUUAA